AUGGAUGGUAGUAUGGUAAUAUAUAGUCCCGCUAGUGAUUCUGUUACUACUACUUUUGUUUGUAAGGGAUAUCCUUUGACUAUCUUUGAUAAGAGUUUUAUGAUGGAAUUGGUGUGUCUACCCUUGCACCAAAUCGAUGUAAUUAUUAGGAUGAACUGGUUUGAGUUUAACUAUGUUCAUAUCAACUAUUACAAUAAGACAUUGAGAUUCCCCAAGUUCGGUGAUAACGGAGAACUGAUGUUGUUGACUGCUAAACAAGUUAAUGAAUGCCUUAGAGACGAAGCCGUGGUGUUUUCAAUGUUCGCAUUGUUGCAAAGUGGUCGUGAAGCUAUAAGUGUUGAACUUCCGGUUGUCUAUGAAUUUCCUGAGGUGUUUCCUAAUGAUAUAAGUGAUUUGCCUCUAGAACGUGAAAUAGAUUUUUCUAUAGAAUAG